UCCCCUUCCAAAUACCGACAUUCUGCAAAACUAGAACCGCCUCCUUAUUCACUGCGGCGGCGAGGCUGGCGCUUCCGAGCUCCAUUUCUUAACCCUAUAUCAAUUACCUCUCUAUUUAUACGUGUUUCGUCUCAUUACUUAGGGUUUUUGUUGUGAAAAUGUCUUCUUUGAGGAAUGCUCUCCCGAGAAAAGCUCACAAGGAGCGUUCACAGCCGCAAUCGAGGAAGAAAUUUGGGUUGCUCGAGAAGCAUAAGGAUUAUGUCGAGCGUGCACGCUCCUUCCACAGGAAAGAGGAGACAUUGCAAAAACUUAAAGAAAAGGCCGCGUUUAGGAAUCCUGAUGAGUUCUACUUCAAGAUGAUUAACUCCAAAACUGUUAAUGGAGUCCACAGACAGGAGGGUGAAGCGAACAAGUACUCUAAGGAAGAGCUCAUGUUAAUGAAGACGCAAGAUAUUGGAUAUAUUUUGCAGAAACUUCAGGCUGAGAAAAAGAAAAUCGAAAAGCUAAAUGCUAUGCUGCACUCUGUUGAUAACCGGUCAUCAUCCCAACAUGUAUACUUUGCUGAAGACAGGGCUGAAGCAAGAGAAAUUCGAGCUCAGAAGCCUGAACACAGAGAAAGCCCUUCUUUUGAAGACUUGCCAAAGGAUAUUAAGAGGAAGACAAUUGGUUCAUACCGCGAGCUAGAGGCUAGAAGAAGCCGAGUUAAAGAGCUAGAGAAGAUAUACAUGGAUAUGGCAAUGCAGAAAGAAUUACAGAAAAAGGGCCGGAAACGGAAACUUCGUGAGGAUGAAAUCGUUUGUCCAACGUCAGGACCUGUAUUCAAAUGGAGGCAGGAAAGAAAACGCUGAGAGAAAGAGAGAGGGGUGAAGCUCAUAUUAAUGCGUGAUAAUUCAGAAACAACAUAACAAAGUGAUGAGUAAUUCAUCAAAUUUUGCUGUAGUAAAUUUCAGAAACUGAAUAUUGUGAUUGUAAAACCUAGUUUCACUACUUUUUGUGACUGUCAUUCAUUAUCUCAGCAACAUGUUCUGCAA